UCAUGGAGCUGCCGCGGCUCCAGCCGGGCUCCGGCCGCCAGGCAGCGCUGGUCGGCGCGGCUCAGUAGCCGUCUUUCGGCUGCCCCGGACAGCGAGCGGAUUAAAGGGCCCGCCGGGUCGGAGGAACGCUCAGCACCGAGGGGACAUGGUGGCGCACGAUGACGCUGGGGGGCUGCUCCCCAUUAAAAGGACUAUCCGGGUGAUCGACGCGCAGAAUCAGACUUUCAGGGAACAAGAGGAGCCUAGCAAUAAACGUGUCCGAUCUCUGGCUCGGGUGACCUCCUUGGCCAACCUGAUUUCUCCUGUGAGAAAUGGUGCAGUGCGGAGAUUUGGACAGACGAUCCAGUCAUUCUCCCUUCGCAGUGACAACAAAUCACCAGGUAGUUCUCAGAAGCUGUGCAGCCGGUUAACCGCCCCAACGCCUCCCAAAAGAAGGAACAGCGUGCUUUGGUCUGAGACACUGGAUGUCAAUAUGAAGGAGACCCUGAGCGCCAAAGAAAUCAAGCGCCAAGAGGCAAUAUACGAACUUUCUCGCGGUGAGCAGGAUUUGAUUGAGGAUCUGAAACUUGCUAGAAAGGCUUACCAUGACCCCAUGCUGAAGCUAUCCAUUAUGUCUGAAGAGGAGCUCACCCACAUCUUUGGGGACUUGGAUUCCUACAUCCCAUUGCAUGAAGACUUCCUGGAGAAACUGGGAGAAGUGACACGACCGGAUGGGACAGUGGAGCAAAUUGGACCCCUUCUUGUGGAAUGGCUACCUGGACUGAACGCCUACAAGGCCUACUGCAGCAACCAGCUUGCCGCCAAAGCCCUCCUGGACCAGAAAAAGCAGGAUGCUCGGGUCCAGGACUUCCUGCAGCGUUGCCUUGAAUCCCCUUUCAGCCGCAAGCUGGACCUCUGGAGCUUCCUGGACAUUCCUCGCAGUCGUCUGGUCAAGUAUCCACUUCUCUUGAAGGAGAUCCUUAGGCACACGUCCAACGAUCACCCUGAUGUCCAGCAUCUGGAAGAAGCAAUCUCCAUCAUCCAGGGAGUUCUCUCGGACAUCAACUUGAAGAAAGGGGAGUCUGAAUGCCAGUACUACGUCGAUAAGCUGGAGUACCUUGAUGAGAAGCAGCGGGACCCACGGAUUGAAGCUAGCAAAGUUUUGCUUUGUCACGGAGAGCUGAAGAACAAGAAUGGCCAUAAGCUCUACAUCUUCCUUUUCCAAGAAAUCUUUGUCCUCACUCGGCCUGUGACGCGUAACGAGCGCCACUCUUACCAAGUGUAUCGGCAGCCGAUACCAGUGCAGGACCUGGUGCUGGAAGACUUGCAAGAUGGAGACGUCAAAAUGGGAGGAUCGUUCCGAGGUGCAUUUGGCAAUUCUGAUAAAGCAAAAAACAUCUUCCGAGUCCGCUUCAGGGACUCUGCCUCAGGCCAGUCCCACACGCUGCAGGCCAACGAUAUUUUUCACAAGCAGCAGUGGUUCAACUGCAUCCAGGCGGCCAUCGCCCCCUUCCAGCCAAGUCCCGUGCCUUUUGAGCUGAAAGAGCUGCCAGAGCUGAGGGAGGAGGGAGAGGAGAACCACCCCUUUGGGUCCAGCGCCAAGAUCCAGCGGAGGCAGCCUGCCGUGUCGGGCAGUUUCCGCAUGGAGCUGGACGAGAACAGCUCCGAAGUGGACCUGGCGGGAGAGUUGAAGAACACCAAGCCGUACCGGAUGCAUUCUGGGCUCAGGAGGACACGGGACAAAGCCCAGCUCAGUAUCAAGCGGAAAGAGACUCUUGUUUAAAAAGGGGCGAGUCCUUCCUUCGCUCUUUUAUUUAUAAAUAAAGUGUACAUUUUCUUUCCUGUCAGGUGAGAAUGGUGAAGGUUGCUCCUUCUGUCUGAGUUUCUUUGUUAUUAUUUUUGUUUUAUAUGUGAGUCUUUUUUCUUUCUUUUUUUUUAUGGCAGCUACUGGUUUUUCAGCAAACAUUGUUGAACCGGAGUCUGAUUCGGCAGGGGAAAAAAAUUAAGGGCCCUGAUUUCUGGAUUGUAGCAUGAGACUCCAGAGGUUUCAGUCCUUCUAUAUAUGCUAUUAUAUGUGUAAGCAACAGCUCUCCAAAAGACUGCAAACUUACGAGGUUUAAUUUCUCCCCAAACACAAAUUAGCUCUUUUAAAAAAGAACAAAAACUCACUUCUUCACCAGAUCAUUGAGAAAUUGGAAUUCUUUGGGGACUUCAUAGCUCACAGUGUGAUUCUGAUUUAAUAGGAGUCCCUAGGCUGCUUCAUCAGAAGUAGUCUGAUUCUCAACCAGCAGAGUUACUCCAGCAUAUCCUCUAGAGCAGCGUUUCUCAACCUCAGCAACUUUAAGAUGCGUGGACUUCAAUUCCCAGAAUCCCCCAGCCACCCAUACUGGCUGGGAAUUCUGGGAAUUGAAGUCCACGCAUCUUAAAGUUGCUGAGGUUGAGAAACGCUGCUCCAGAGGGACACAGUCGGAGGGCUGGGCUGCUGUUUCUCAUGGAAAGACUCCCCAGGUUCAACAGGUUUCCAUUUGAAUGACUGGAAUUCUAUACUUGGUUGGUGGUGUGCAGUCCUUAUGUGAACUGGCAUGCCCCAUAUGUUAUCUUUUUUUAAUUAUUAUUAUUAUUAUUAUUUGAAUACCUUUGUAGAGAUUUCCUUUUGUACUUUGAUUUCUUUGUAUUUUUCUUUUGGAACUGGCCUUUUCUCCUUUUCUUUUCUCGAUGCAUGUGUGCUGGCAUACUGUUUGUUAUCUAUACUUAAAAGCCAAUUCAGGACGUUACCAGGUGAAGCAAAGCCAUACCUCCUUGAGCCAUUGGAGUUGCCGGGGGCGGGAAACAGAACUGGGUUUCUACCCUCCAACAGAUCUGGGAUUCUGGAGAGCUCUGGGCCAGAGGAGAGGAAGUCCCCUCUCCGUGUAAAGGUACAGGAGACUCUGGUGGUCAGGAAGUGGCAGUCUGGAGUAGAGGAAGACUGAAGUCUGUUUUGACGUAGCAUUGGGGGGGUGGGGUUGACCUCAGCAGGCCUGCUUUGAACUGCUGGAAGUGGGCCUCAGUGAAGGCAGAAGGGUUGGGCAAGGUUGCAGAAGACGGGGCAUGGGGGACUACAAAAGUGGUCUUUUGAAAGGCAUCAGAAGAUGCACGCUGAUGGAAGCGAAGGAAAGCACACUGUAUGUAGGAAGAGGGUUUGUGAGGGGUUGGUGUGUUGGGAAUGGGGAAGAUAAAGGCAGACGUCUAUUUACUGGCAAUUCUGUUUGCGGGCCUGGCCUCAAGGUGGGAAGCUGGUUGAUCUAAAUGCAGAGUUGCAAAAGCAGCAAUCAACUAUUUGAACCUCCCACCUGGAGCGCUACCAAAAAUUGGCCCGGGAAGGAGUAAAGUAGUGCACGUUUUUCUUUUUCCUUUUUUUCUGGUGCAGAAAAACAUCUGGCCAGAAGUGAGGGUAGGGGUAAAAGCCUGAAAGCAAAUGUAAAUAGAGAAUAACCAAAGCACUGUGGUUCUCUGUAAAUGUUUCUUUGUACAGUAACAUAAAUGGAAUACAAUUAAAGCUCAUAUUGCAUCUC